GCCUUUACUAACUUUAGAAUUAUCUCAUCCUAAAAUAUCUAUGAAAAUAGCUGAAAAAAUGGGCGAAAUUCAUAGUUUAGAUAUACCAAUGUCCAAAGAGCCGAAUUGGCUAUGGAAUUGUAUGAAUCGCUGGUUGAAGAGUGUAGCUAUUAUAUUAAAACAAAAUAAUUGGAAAAAUAAUGAAAAACAAGCUCAAUGUGUACGAGAAUUCGACUUCAAUGCAGAGUCACAGUGGCUUAAGUCUAUGAUUGAUAAAGGAAAUUAUAAAGUAUUUUUCUGUCAUAACGACUUGCAAGAAGGGAAUAUACUGUUUCGUGAAACUGAUGUAACCUCGAAUCCAACACCAAGAAGUUCCCUUAAUGAAACGCGACCUGAUAGUUCUUCCUUAAAUCUAAGUGAUACAAUCAAUGCCAACAUUGAAGAUAGUGCAAAAUUUUUACACAAUUCUUCUAUAUCAUCUUCCGAUUCUUUGUUAAAUUGUACCUCUGAGGAUGAUUUAGAUCUUAUAAUAAUAGAUUUUGAAUAUUGCGCAUACAAUUAUCGUGGAUUCGAUUUGGCAAAUCAUUUCCUUGAAUGGACAUUUGACUAUAGUAAUCCUGCAUUUCCUUUUUACUUUCAUCAUAUACAUCAAUAUCCGAAUGAAGAACAGCGAAACAAUUUCAUCAUAACUUACCUUAAAAAACUAAACGAAAGUGACUUAGCCUACAUCCCAACAGCUAAUGAAGUUAAGGAUGUACAGGAUGAAGUGCGCCUUUUCACUUUAUUUUCACAUUUGUUCUGGAUUUUAUGGUCAGUUGUAAAUGUUACUUCAAAUAUAGAAUUUGGUUACUGGGAAUAUGCUGAGACAAGACUUGGGGAAUACAAGAAACUGAAAGAGGAACUAGUACGGUGCUUGAAAAGCGAGUGUCCAUGAAACUAGAUGUAUACUUAAACAUUUUUCGAUUGGCGGAACAGAAAUUAUAGCAAAUGUACCUCGUUUUAUAUGUUUAGUGUACAUUAUUUACAAAUUUGAACAACCAAGUGAACUAAGUUAACAAUAUUAUUAACAAUUUUUAUAGAAAAAUUGCUGUGAUCGUUUAAGUAAAAAAAAAAACACAAAAAACUAAAAUUAUUUAACUCACACGGAGCUUCAUUCUUCUUUUACACAUAAAAAGUAUUAAGUAAGCAUUUCUUUAAAAGCACAUACCUUCGAAUUUAUUCAUACAUAAAUAAAAACAAUUUUAUUUCAAAAUUAAAAUUUAUUUAUUUAACAAUUGCAAAUAAUGUCAAACUAAGGAAUAUACAAUAUCAAAGUAAUAUAUAUAACAGAUGUAGAAUCAAGUUAAGAGUGCGUCCAUUGUGCGCUAGAAACAGUGUUUUUAAUGAAAAGCAUAUGAUAUAAUGGAUUAGAAAAACAGGAGUCUAAUGCUAAUAAUACUAAACAUAAAGUGAAAAAAUGGUAUUUAUAUUUUUGAAAUAAUAGAUAUCUUACCAGCGAUAUAUAGAGAU